AUCGGGGCCUUCGCCGAAGCCAUUCAGUCGUGGCAUCGAUUGAUUGAUAUUAAGAACCAAUACAUUGACGAUAAAAUUGCUGGCAUUUUAGUGAACGCUCUUUGCGAGGGAAUUGUCGACCGAAACGGCGAAUCGACCGCAAAACUGGCCGUUAAAAUGCAAGAACUGUUUGGCCGAAUAGCGGCCACGAGUAGCGGUUCGACCACAAUAUGGAGACUUUACGCAAAGUUAUUGAUUAAUAAUAAAGAGAAAGACAUCGAGAAAGUGAUUCAAUGCCUUCAGAAGUGUCACCGAAAUGCUGUUCAGACCAAUGAUUGGCAAAAAGAGCCCAAACUUAUUGUCGAAACUCUGAAACACUGUUUACUUCUUGCGGACGAAUACCACGAAUGCGCUGUUUUGGACACAACUAAAGCCCUACGAGUACUGUCUUCGAGUAAAUUAGCGAUUAAUUCAGUUGUAGUUUUAGUUGAGAAAACUCGUGGCGAUUGGUCUCAAACGAAACCCAAGUGUGGAUCGAGUGAUGGCGUGACCAUCACUACCACAACACAUGCUCUUCAAUGCGAUCGCAAUAUGUCAUCGGAAACCACCGAAGAGACCGUUGAUCCGGAUUUAGUGCUUUCGGAGCACACGUUGAAUGCGUUGAAAGAGUUUUAUGAGGAAACCAACCGUAAACUGGAGGCCGAAGACGACACCAAACUCACAGAUAUUGAAGAGAAUUGGCAAUUGAGUCAGUUUUGGUACACUGAAGACACGGCCAGAUAUCUAUGCGAUGAAGUGAUGCACGCGUUGGGCGUAUCGGACGACCCGAAGACGGCGCCCAUCAAGAGGUCGAUCGCCUGUAUAUCGUGUCCGACACUCUUUGACGCACUC